AUGACCACCAUCAGGUGGAUGCACAGGAAGGGGCAGAACUGCGAAAAGCGAGUCAUCUCCCUGAACGAAAUCAAAGAAAGGUACCUAAACGACGCCGCAAAUCAGAGGAAGGACAAACGGAAUGAGAAUAACUGUCGUGAUGAGGUAAACGCAUGCACAGAGAAAAAAAAGGGGGGAAAAAAACUAAUAACAUUUUAUGAAAAAAAGGCAGAAAAAAAUGUUAAUCAGCAAAAGGGAUUGAGCGAAAAAGGUGUCAGCAAAAGUGUCAGUAAAAAUGUCAGCAAAAGUGUCAGUAAAAAUGUCAGCAAAAGUGUCAGUAAAAAUGUCAGCAAAAGUGUCAGUGUCUAUUUUGGGGGAAAAAAAAAAUAUUGCUGUUCAGGUGAAAACGGAGAAACGAAAAAUGGCUAUUCGGAAUGCGGCGGAGAAGUGACCCCCCUUGCUGAUCAACAUAGCAUGUUUGGGAGAGAUAGCGAUCUGGAAAAAGGAGGAAUAGACAGACCCAUGGAGGAGAAAAGCAGCCUGUGUCCUCCUCACCAUCCACAGCAACAAGUGAAUAUAAAUCUAGACUUAAAUAUUCAGUGGGAUAAACAAAAAGGAAAAUUUGAAAAGGAUAACUGCGAUGUAGGAGACAAGGGAACGUGGCAAGCCAUACAAGGUAAAACCAGAGGGAAGGACAUACAGGUGUACAUUAGCGAUAUGCACUAUGGGGAGAAUAGCAAUUGGAGUGAAUCUCCUGUAGGAUAUGAACAAGGAAGAAGUCGCAAAGGGGAGGUACCACCCUCAUGGGAAAGAGAGAAAUAUGAUGAGCAAUUGCGUUAUGGUAACCCAAGGGAAGGUCACUAUUAUCAUGAGCAUAGCGGUGGUGAAUACUUCCAUCGAAGCCGAAGUGGGGGCAACCCCCCCCAUGGAGAGAUUCCCAACUCACUCGACAAGAACAGGCACAUAAACCGUUUUGCGGAAGAGUGUACCACGUAUGAUGGAACGAGACCCGCUUCGUAUGUUCCCCUCGAAAAAAGGUACGGUGGUCACGCAUGGGGGAACCUCCACUACAAGACAGAAAAGGAACACAGUCAGUUUCGAUAUGACAGUGGGGGAAAACUUCACUCAGCGCGCAAGGUAGAGCGGCAUGGAGUUGAAACGUAUGAAGGGGGGGCUCAGGAGAGAGUCCAUCCGAGUGUUAAGCAGCCCCAUCUGUGUGUUAAGCAGCCCCAUCUGUGUGUUAAGCAGCCCCACCUGUGUGUUAAGCAGCCCCAUCUGUGUGUUAAGCAGCCCCAUCCGUAUGGCCAGCACCUCCAACAGCAUGCUAAGAACCCUCUCGAAGAUCCACUCAAAACGCACCCAACGAAAGACAGGCAGAAAUAUGCCCAUGAGGUGGACCCAAAACGAAUUUGCAGCGAUGGAAAAGAGAAAAGGAAAAAAUAUUUCCAAAAAAGGACAAGCUUUUUUCAAAAGGAUGGCAAACGUACAGAUAGUGACAGCGGUGAAAGUAGCAGUGACUUCAGUGAACGCGGAUGGAUAGGCCAAGAUAAUCCAAAAAGAGGCGGCAGGAAGGAGAAAAAAAAAGCGCUCAGACAGUUGGCACUGUUGAAGAAGGAAAAGCGAGAAGGCUACGAGGAUAAGCAUACACACAAACAUUACAGUGACCACCCCAUAGAGAGUAACAGCACUGAAGAAAGGAGCGCUGUGAAGAGCGUACCACACCAUGUUGGACCUUCACACCAGGAUAACACCUCGCAUGAUCACCGUGUGGGAGAAUACACAGAGGAGAAGAACAACCCAAAGCUUACCUCCAGUAAAAGCCAUGGAAAACCCUGCUUUGGUAAGCCCAAAAUUUUUAGGACGGACGAUUUUGCUAUCUUCUUCAACAAAAAAAUAUUAAAAGAAAAAGAUGACGUCCUGCAAAAAUGCCUAUUAAGAUCUAAGUCAGAUGCAGUGUUAGAUUUUUUAAAAAUGACAAGAAUGGAAAAUUUUUCAAAAAAAGCUACCUGCAGUUCAGCUGUUGUAAAUUUCCCUGAUGGGGUUUAUUACAAUGACGACAUGAGAUGUUCUACUUUACUUGAUCGAUUCUUCACAGCUACGUACAGUCCGGAUGUGCGAACUGUGCAACAUAGUACACACAGAGAUAAAAUCCACCUGUCCUUCUAUGAGCAUAUGACUGAUAAUUCCACACUGAUACGCAGCUCAGUAAAUUAUCAACAGUCUCAUAACAAACGGGAAACUUACAUGCACUUUAAAAGGGAAUGCUUCGAAACGGGGGGAGUUACUAACUGUGUGGGUUCAACUAGCCAAAGUAGUACCAGUGGUAAAGAACUUCUUACUACAAACAUAGCAGAUGCGGUAGAUGCAAAAAUGGGAUCUAUCUCAAAAGUCAUGAAUAAAUUGGGUUGUCUGAUCGGAGACUCUAACUUCUUGAGCGGUGUAACUCCCGGGGAGGGAGUCCAUAUAGAUGACUCCAGCGAGGAGGACGUGAAUGACAAAAGGUGUAGGAUGUUCUUUAAGCAGUUUAAGAAGCAGCUCACCAUGAAGUACAAGGAGGCAGCACCGGGAGAGGAUGAGUGUGGUGAUGAUCGUCACAUAGGGGCAGACCAUCUCUGUGAAGCGGACGAGACGCAAAACGGGCUGAGCCUCAGUGACCUGAACAGCACUGUGGGGGUUUCGAAAGGUGGGGAAACCUGUACACAUGGGGGUGGAUGUCGAAAUGGAAAUUGUGACAUUGCGUUUAUACAUCCAUAA